ACUUGCGGCGCUUCGUUGUUUCGCAUAGAAAAUCAAAGUUUCGCGCAUGUGGACGAUCGAAGUUUUCGUAUUUAUUUUCGUAUUAAAAUAACGUCUCUUCAUGCAUAGCGCGGCUCUGCGAAUUUUCAGACGGUUUCACGAACCAAAAUUGCUGAGCACUGCGGCACAAGCAAGGACUUCUAUAGAUUCGCCGUUUAUCAGGUGCAAAAUGCAAAUAGCGUUGCUGGACGACGAAAAGUUAAGAGACUCUGAUGUUGUGGCACAGGAGGAUAUUAAUUUGCUAUCCUGGUUGCGCACUGUAGCUCCUGCUUUUCCAGUGAAUGGCUCGAAGGUCACUGUAAUCUACAAGCCACAGGUGUUUUACAGCACACUGCUAGAAAAGUGCAGACAUGCCAAGAGAAGAAUCACGCUCGCUUCGCUGUAUCUGGGCACUGGCACUUUGGAGACGGAACUGGUGAAUGUAAUAGAGCAAGCAGUGAGCACGAAUGGCGGCAAUGUGCAAGUGCGGAUUCUGCUAGACUAUAUGAGAGCUUCCCGGGGCAAGCAGAAUUCCCGAAAGAUGCUGGAGCCGUUGCUUAAAGGCAAAUGUGGAGAUCACUGCAAGGUCUUCCUCUAUCAUACGCCGAAACUACGCGGCGUGAUGAAAGCGGCAAUCCCGGAUCGCUUUAAUGAGCUCGUCGGUUUGCAACAUAUGAAGCUAUAUAUGAUCGACAAUGACUUGAUCAUCAGCGGAGCGAAUCUCAGCAAUGAUUACUUCACAAAUCGACAGGAUCGGUAUUUCAUUAUAGAAGAUUGCAAGGAGCUUUGCGACUUCUAUAAUAAACUGAUCGAGAAAGUGAUGGAAUUUAGCUUUUUGCUACAACCGGAUGGCAAUGCGAGCUGGAAUCCUCCUGCGAAUCAUCACCCUUACAAAGGAUCCGGGAAGGUUUUCACCCAAGAAGCAGCAUCCAAGAUACAAACGUUCUUAAAGAAUGAAUUAAAAAAGAAUGUUGAUCUUGACAAAAACGCAGACACGUGGAUAUUUCCAUUAGUACAAAUGGGCCAGCUGAACAUCCAUCACGACAGCAAAGUGACAUUGAAACUCUUACAAACUGCCCCAACAGGAUCCAGGCUCAAACUAGCAACUGGUUAUUUCAAUCUAACUUUCGACUAUAGUCAAGCUAUACUUAAAGAUUGCCGAGCAACGUGUGAUAUUUUGACAGCGCAUCCCACUGCCAAUGGUUUUUUUAAUGCCAACGGAAUUGCCGGAGGAAUACCAGCAGCUUAUACCAAAAUAGAAGAAUCCUUUUACAAUUUAUGCGAGAGAAUGAAUCAACAAACGAGGAUAACGCUGUGGGAAUUUAUCAAGCCAGGUUGGACGUACCAUGCUAAAGGUCUUUGGUACACUUUGCCAGAUCAGAAAAAACCUUCAUUGACACUGAUAGGUUCACCGAACUUCGGUUACAGAUCGGUAAACAGGGACCUCGAAACACAAAUAGCUGUGAUGACAAAAAACGAAAAGUUACAAAACGCGCUACACGAAGAGCAGGCACGAUUGUUUUCCUGUGCUAAGCCUGUCACGAGGAAGACUUUUACGCGGCAAGACAGAAUACCGCCAGCUUGGGUGUGCGCGGUUGUACUCUUCUUUCGCUACUACUUUUAAUGUCAAAAUGCUUUCGCGAGAAAGGCAAAUCGCGUAUUCUAAACUUAUUUAAUUCUAGCUGUAACAUAUUGUACAAGUACAGAUUUCCGUAUUAAUAUUUAAUCGAUUUGCGAACGAUAAGACCGUUUCCACGAACUUUUUUCAUUACUUUUACUUCCUAGAUUUACAGAUGUACUAGGUGGUAAACUUAGUUUCCGCGGCUCACAUUUAGAUAACGCUAGUUGUAAGUGCAAUUUACUUUGACAUCUAAAACUGGCUGCAUAUUAAAAGUUGGACAUUUGUCAAUAAAAUUCAGUGCGAAAAGAUUCAUUUAAACGAACAGUGCCAUUUUUUUCUUUUGAUUAAACAUGGAACGUGAUAAAUUGUUUUUUCGACAUGUGCUGCUUCAUUACUUCGAUUUGAAAAAAAACUGCAGCUACAGCUCAUAAAUUACUUGUCGAAGCUUAUGGCAAUUGUGACCCAUCGGAAAGAACAUGCCAAGAAUGGUUUCAGCCAUUUAAAAGUGGUGAUUUUAAUGUGAAUGAUAAACAACGCUCAGGUCAGCCGAAAAAGUUUGAAGACCCCGAAUUGCAAGCAUUAUUAGACGAAAACUCAGCUCAAACGUUCCAAGAAUUGUCUUCAGCGUUAAAUGUUACUCCGAUGGCUGUUACCAAACGUCUACAUGCAAUGGGAACACUGAUGCAGUUCGAGUGGGAAGUUUUCCCGCACCCAACGUAUUCACCAGACGUGGCUCCUUCAGAUUAUCACUUGUUCCGAUCGAUGCAGCACGGCUUGGUGGAUACACACUUCAAAAAUUACGAAGAUGUGCGAAAAUGGAUCGAUGAAUGGAUUGCAUCAAAAGACCAAUCGUUCUAUCGUUGCGGAAUCCACUCAUUGCCAGAAAAAUGGGAAAAAUGUAUAGCUAGCAAGGGCAAAUACUUUGAUUGAUGUAUUUUUUGCUUUUGAUAGCGAAAUAGAUGAGUUUGUUAAACAAAAAAAACACCGCGGAAACUAAGUUUACCACCUAAUAUAAAGCCGUCAUUUACAAAUCAUAAUUAUUUAAAAUACAGCAAUAUUAAUAAAAUUGUUGGGCUAUAUGAGAUAUGAAAAGGAUUGGAUCUAAAAUCUUAGGAUUUCUGAAUUCCUAUGUGUUAUAAAUUUUGCAAAUUUUAGAAAGUAAUGUUCAUUUCAGUAAGUAAUAAAUUAGCAUUUUAUUCUGCAAGUUGCCGGUAGAAGGUGUAAAAUCAGUGAUAAAUUUUUCGUGAGCUAUCCUGUAAGGUACGUGAUAAAAUUUAAUGUUGCUACGAUGUCGGCGUUUCUUAUGCAACAUCGGGUACGUAAAAAUGGUUUGGAAGUAGUAAUGACAGCGAUAGUGAUAGUAA